UAUUAAUGUUUGUUUUGUUACUAAUAUUGAAAGAAUUCAAUUACUAGUGAUAGUUUUGUUAUGUGUAUGCAGAAAAACCAAGAGGGAAGGGCUGGAACUAGUUCAGGUAGAGGUGAAACUGCUGAAAGUGGAACUGCAGCAGCUGGAAGUGCAUCAACAAUACCUGCAAGUGCAUCAACAACACCAGCAAUCCUUGAUCCAAGCACACAACAAUCAACUAAUGUUGCAAGAGGUCCAAAAAGGAAGACCAAUGAGCCUAGAAGAGGUGGUGCAAAUGCAGGGUCUAAGAGAACAAAGACAGCAGGAUAUGGUGUGCUAUUUGAUUCAAGUGGCACUGUUAUACAGAGGUCUGGAACUACUGACAGAGUGGUACACAAUCCUUCUACACUCAUAAGUUCUGCUCCUACCAACAUUGAACUUAGGUUCAAACCACCUGGACUAAAGUGGAAGGGCCGACCAGCAGUUACACAAAGGCAGCUGCAAGAACAGAGUUACAGAAGGGCAAAGUCUGCUACAACCACUCAAGCCACACCAGUUACACAAUCCACACCAAGCAGCCAAGCCACAACAGACAUUAAUUGAAGUGCUCAACUGAUAUUUACUAUGUUUUUGUUGACUGUGGUAGACAAUAUUUUGUAAAGCUACUUCAUUAUGUAUGUUUUUGUUG